AUGGCGUCCCGCGUCUUGGCCGGUGCCGUGAGAGCCGCUUCAGGAUUCUUACGGCCCUUGAGUAUUUUGGCAUCUUCGGCCAAUCAAAACUGUGCCAAGAAUGCGUGUCUUGUCUCUGCAUUGUCCACCCGACAUUUUAGUCAGCUGCAAACACCAGUUGUUUCCUCUGCUCUCAGACUGAUUACCCCUGUGGGAAACCUGCCGUGCUGGCUGCCUGCACCAACCCUCAACAGGGUGGGUCCCUUGCUUUCUAAUGUCCUGAAGCUACCAGUCAGAACUCUAACUUACUACAGUAUAAGAAAAGGCAAGAGAAAGACUGUGAAGGCUGUCAUAUAUCGGUUUCUUCGACUUCAUUCUGGCCUGUGGGUCAGGAGAAAGGCCGGCUAUAAGAAAAAGCUGUGGAAAAAGACAGCUGCAAGGAAGAGACGCUUGAGAGAAUUUGUCUUUUGCAAUAAAACCCAGAGCAAACUCUUGGAUAAGAUGACGACUUCUUUCUGGAGGAGGAGAAACUGGUAUGCUAAUGAUCCUUACCAGCUGUACCAUGAUCGCACGAACCUGAAAGUAUAGAGCUGAAGUGUGGGGAGUUUUCCCAGCCGCUGAAUGUGUGCCCUUCAUGUGUAUGCCUUUUCAAAGAGGAGUCCGUGUAACGUGAUGAUGUAAACUGCACCAGCUGAUGUAUGUAAUCCUGUCUCAACCACAUUAAAACUUAAUGGAGUAAACAUUC